UAUAAUCGCACAACCUACGUUUCUAUUGAUUUUAAGAAUCGCCUAGUGAUCCGGUGACAUUUGACAAUCAAAGGUAAGAAGAUAUAUAUUGUAUUGAUUUUUAUUUUUUGAAAUGAUGUUAGACGUGUCAAUGAUACGAUUGGUUAGAAGUUAAGAAAAGAAAAUAUAAAAGUAUUUAUGUUUAGCCAUCCUCUUUAAGAAAAGAGCGUUGUGGUAGUCUCUCAAUCUUCUUCUUCCUCUUCGUUCGUUCCUCGCUGCUCUCUCUAGGUUUCUAUUAUUCCUGCAUGAUAGCUUCUGUUUCUAGGUUAAGUUUCCAUCUUGUUCUUCUUACUCAUCCGAAAUUGAGGUUUUUUUAUAUUCCGUCUUCUUCUUCUUCUUCUUCUUCUGGGUUUUUCACUUGUCGCUAGAUAAAUGGGUCCUUCGUCUUCAUCGUGGGUUUUGUUUGAAAUGCAACAAGAUUGUAACUUUGUGUUUCCUUUCCAGUUCUUGGCAAUUUGCAAUCUUGUUGACCCUUUACGAAAAGAUCCCAUCUUGACCUUGAUUCUUGAUCCUCUGUUGCCACUCUCUCGUGCUUCUUCGCUUGAUCAGUUUCCAUUUGAUAUCCCUUCUUACACACUUGUUCAGAAUCAGUGUCUUGGGUCAUCAGUCAUCUCUUUCCAUAUACAAUGUUCCCUGGCGAAGACCGUUGGUAUUUUUCAAGAGAAGAAAUAGACAAUAACUCACCAUCAAGACGAGAUGGUAUCGAUUUGACGGAAGAAACUCGCCUGCGCAAGGCAUACUGUUCAUUCUUGAAAGAUCUUGGUCGCAGAUUCAAACUUCACCAGGCAACAGUAGCCACUGCUAUGGUAUUCUGUCACAGAUUCUUCCUUUGUCAGUCACACGCAAAGAAUGACAAAUCGGUAAGUUUAGUUGGACCAUGUAGAGAUCAAGCUCUCUUAAUUUUUGGUUUGAAUAAAAGUGCAUUUGAUAAUGUAGUUAGUUCUGAUGCCUUUUGCCUGUUGACGCUUUCACUCCAGAUAAUUGCAGCAGUCUGCAUGUUCCUUUCUGCCAAGGUUGAGUCUACUCCAGUGGAUUUGAAAACCCUCAUUAUUACUUCUGAAGAGAUCUUACACAAGAAGGUUAUUGCAGCUGAGCAGAGACAGGGAGUAUAUGAACACUACAAAGGGCUUGUAUCAAAUGGAGAGAAGCUUGUUCUUUCUACACUCAACUUUGAUCUCAGUGUUGAUCUUCCUUUUGACAUUCUUAUCCAAGCUAUGAAAAAAUUCAUCCUUGUCGAGGCUACUCAGGGGAAAUUUCCUUCAGCUGCAUGGAAAUUUGUCCAAGAUAGUUUCUGGACGACACUCUGCCUACAGUAUCAGCCUCGGCACAUAGCAGCUGGUGCUUUUUUCCUCGCUGCCAUGCACAUAAAAAUGGACGUGAAAUCACAUGGAGAGAGCUGGUGUCAACAUUUUGAUAUCACGCUUCAUCAACUAAAUGAUAUCAGGGGCCAAAUGGGUGAGCUCUAUCAUGGGAAAAAGCGUACUCCUACAUCUACUGGAAGCAUAGGGGAAACGAGUAACACUGGAGACGUAGUGCAGCAGCAACCUGUUCCUACGGAUAAUUGUCCAAGCUCUGUAAUUGAAGGAGGCUCAUCGAGUGUCGCUGAUGGUUCACUGCAAGAUCAGUCGAGGCCCGAAGGAGUUGAAAAGGACAGCCCAGACCGUGAAGCUGGAGAUAAUCAAGAAGACAGUUGAUGUUUGGUCGUUGACUAUGGUGAAAUAGUGGUUUAGAUUUUUAGGUGGAAGAAGGGUUUUGUUCAUGGAGAUAACUAAAAGCUUUAGUGGUAUAUAGUAUACGGUGAGUUUGGGGAAACAACUAUUACAGUAUUAUAUUUCAUCCAACACUAGAUGGUUUCAGUUUCAAGAGUUUUUUGUAUGGGGUUUUCAUUACUUCGCUUCAUGCUUAACCGUUAGUUUUUA